AUGGCCAAGGUUGAUGAUGUAUCUGUUUCAUGGAAUAACCAUUCACAACUCGCUGCAUUGCUUCUCAGCUGCAUUGCUUUUCUGGCUGAAUGUGAUGUCACAGUCAAGGAGCAGGAGGCUGUAGAGGUGUUGAUUGUAGCCUAUCAUGAACUCAUAUAUGUUCCGGCAUGUCAAACAUGGAUUGAUCUUUGCCAAAAAGUUGGAACAGAUCCCCAUGAUCUUGUUAGCCAUCAUAUUGAUCAACUUAUAGAUUCAGUAUCCAGCAACUCCCUUAGCGAAGCAUUUGGCUUCAAAGAUGCCAGCUACCAUGCAGUGACAACAUUGGUAUUUGUGUCUCCUGAGACUGUGGUGUCAUGA